GUUGACAAGCGAUAAUAAAAAUAUUUUAUAAUAAACAUUGCCGUAAAAGUUAAAAAAUCAACAACCAACUAUAUUAUCAUUCGUCGGAAAUUUGAAUAAAAUUUGUAUUUUGGUGGACAAUGAUUAUACCGAUUUGAAAUUCGAACAAAUAGAUUAAUGAAGCCGCUGGAAAGCAAUACUCUACCUCAUGUAGUGUUGUUCUAAAUUUAGGUUACUAGUUUGGAGUCAGAAAACUAAAUGAACCAGUUCGAAAAACCUCACUUUCAUGGCGAAUACACGAGGCUUUGUGUAGACGAACCAUGUCAUCAUUAACCAUACAUUUGGAAAUUGGACACGAAGCUUCAUUAAGAACUAAAACAACACCUGAAGGGUUUACUCACGAUUGGGAGGUAUUUGUUAGAGGCUCUGGCGGUGCUGAGAUACAUUAUUACGUCGAAAAAGUUGUAUUUUACUUACACGAAACUUUUGCAAAACCGAAAAGAGUCAUUAAAGAACCGCCUUAUUCGCUCAGGACCUCAGGAUAUGCCGGGUUCAACUUACCUAUCCAUGUGUAUUUGAGGAACAACCAAGAACCAAAAAGGAUUCAAUUUAACUAUGAUCUGCAUUUGCAGCCUAACGGCCCCCCUAUUCACAAAGUACAGAAGGAAAAGUAUGUGUUUCAUUCUGUUAGCGAAGAUUUUAGAAAUAAAUUGUUGAAAGGCGGCGCUGUGAUUGGAUCAGGAGAAGGUCCAGAAGAUUCGUCCGCAAGAUUAUCUUCAAACGAGGAAAAACCUCAAAUGACUAGUAAACCAAAACUGACUGGUUCGGAGCCAACCAAAAGGUACAAAAUAAAGCCAGAGGAGUCCCGUGGCGAUGACACAUUUAGGGACCUGUUUGGUCCCCCCAUUACCAAGACCAGUAAGAUUGUGGAGCCUCCCAAGAAGGAUCCUCCCAAGGCAAUUCCAAAACUUGACAAAGAGAAGGAAAAGGUCAAGUCGAAAAGUAGUCACAAGGAUAGGGAAAAGGAGAGAUCCAAAGAGAAACAGAAUGAAAGCAGUGGGGACAAAAAACUAAAGGACGAGAAAAAAGAUAAGAAGGACAAGACUGAGAAGGAACGAAGUAAAGAUAAGAAGGAUAAAAGGGAAAGGGAAAAGAGUCCACCUAGGGCGAAAAGCCCCACCCCAAAGAGAUCGCCGAAGCGCUUAAAAAGUCCCUCUCCGGCGAAAAACGUUGCCAAAGAGCGGGAAACGGCAAAGGAAAAGGAAAAAGAUUCAAGGGAAAAAAGGGAGGAGAAAAAAGCGAAAAAGGAGAAGCAUAAGGAACACAAAGAAAACAAACAAAGGGAGAGAGAUAAGUCGGAUCAGAGCAAGGAACACAAAAGUCGGGAGAUCAAGAGUGGCAAAGAAAGCAGCAACCACAGUGGCGGCGCCACCAAGGAAAACGAAGCGAACGCUGCCGUGGGGUCGCAGCUGCAGGUGCAAAAGGGAGACAAGAAGGACAAGGUAAAGGACAAAGAGACCAAAGAGGCUGAAAAACAAGAGGCACCAAAAGAGAAAUCUAAAACUGAAGAAAAAACGAAACACAAACACAAAAAGAGGGACAAAGAUAAAAAGGAAAAGAAGGAGGAAAAAUCGUAUAAGAGGGAGGAGAAGAAGCUCGAGAAGAUCUCGGUUAAGGAGUCGAAGGAGAGGGACAAGACGAACAACCUCUUCGGCGUCAGCCCGAAAAGCGAACCGCCGCCGUCGCCGCCCCCAGUGGAGCCGCCGCCGAAGAAGCUCGUUCCGCCGCCGCCACCAAUCGACGACGACACUUCCAACGGUUCGAAGCUGAGCAGCCGAGAGCCGAGUCCAGCUCAGCAGAUGCCGCCGCCGCCCUCCAAGUCCCCGUCGCCCAUCCUGGUGCAGGAAUCGCCCAGGAAGGAUGGCGCCUUCGGCAAGAAAGGUCGCGGAGAGGACGACGCGCCGCCGCCCAGUAAGAAAAAGGACAAGAAAGAAAGGAAACGGGAAAAGAAGGGGGACAAGGACCACGAAAAGAAACGGAAACGGAAAGUGGAAGCGGAGACGCAGGUAGAAAUCGUCGAGCCGCCGGUAAAAGUCGAGAAAAAGGAGGAAGACACAAAUAAUAAUUCGGACGACGAGAGAAAGGUGUCGAGUUCCGAAGACGCCAAUCCCAUACCUUUUCAGGAAGACGCGGAGGCGUACAUGAGCAUGCUGAGGGAGCUUCAGCACAAAAUCAUGGGUCUAAAAGACAACUCCGACUUGCAGAAGGUGGUGCAGCUGAUCGCGGAGACAGGCAGGUACGAGGUGUCCGCCCACACGUUCGACUUCGACCUGUGUUUGCUGGACAGGUCGACGGUGAUGCAGUUGCAGGCGUUCUUUUCCACCGCGAAGGGGUAAUGUGUUUUCCAGCAUGUUUCAAAUCGUUACCGGGUCUCGGUUUGGUGUUCGUGGACGCACUCCGCAAUUGUAAAGUGACUUUUGACUUUGAAGCCGAGUGAGCUCGAUACUAUCGAGUUUGUCGUCUAAGAAUGGCACGGAUUCCGAGAGAAAUGAGCUUAAAUUAAUUUAGCGGCGAUUUGAACCAGCGAUUUUUCUAGCGAUUUAAAUUGUUCUCAGCUCGAAAAAAAUCCGGCGCAGCCAUGAUGGGAACUGGUAAAAGCUAUGGGGUCCGUUAAGUCAAUGAAAAAUAGUAUACUUUUGUACGUAACAUUUUUCUAAUGUUUCUUCAAUCAUUGAUUUUUAUUAUGCCACUACGAGAACCACCACUUCUAAAUUAAACAGAUUGUGUUAAAAAUUUUAUUCUAUUCUAACCUAACAACUCAUGGUAUGUUUUAUUCACGAGAGAGAAGUAAAAGUAUUUCUGCCUAAAAAUGCAUAUAAGAUAUUUCCUAUUUUAAUAGUAGAGACCCUAGUGUUUUUGUAAGUUACCAAGAUUAUUUAAUUCUUUGUAUAAUUUCUUUAUCUUGUUACAAACUACUUCAAACACUUUUUGUGGUCCGCCAAUAAUACGGAAAUAUUGAUUCACUUAAAUAAAAAAAAAUAGAGGCAAAGUCGGUUCAAUGAAACUGGUGAAAAACUAUUAAAGUCUAAUAUCAAAACAAAUUUCACGCAGGCGCAUUAAGGAGUACUAUUAUACUAAAAGGAAUGUGUGGUUGUAACAUAUGUAUUAUUAAUUAAUUAAUUACUGCUACUGCAAACCAAAGGAGAUUAUUAUUAUUAUGUAAAAUAUUAUGAGAAAAAAAGUGACAGUGUCUAAUGAAUUUCAAAAAUUCUAAAGUGAGCAAAAGGUUUCCGAUUAUUCUUUGUUUUUUCCGGAUAUAUCUUGACGAACACCAUAGCUCGUACCAUUUCGCGCGCUGUACAUCGCUAUUGUGAACGCGCUUUACAGAGUGGCCCGCAAUGAAUGCUCCAAGAAGCACAGUUAAAUUCUUGAAAAUUUUGACAUGCUUAAGUAAAAUGUUGCUCAGUAAUCGGGGUGUUAAAAAGUUAUUUUAUUUCACUUCAUAUUUUGAUAGUUAUUGGUUAAUUUUUUUUAUGCAAUCGCUUUUGUAAAACUUUCCAGAAUUUACAAAAAUGGGCAUAUCAUCUUAAUGUUUCUAAAAAUUGUUGCGAGUGUAUCCUUGUUCUAAUAAAGUCAUAAUUAGUCACAAGACUGCCGGAAAUAAUGAGGCCGCCAGUUCAAUAAAAAUAUAAGAAAACCAAAUUAUUGUUUAUACUUCACACGGUCCCAAGGCAAGUCACAUUUUAUUAAGAAUUAAUGGGAUAGGGAUAGGAAAUGAAAACAAUCCGAAAAAAGUGUCCUAACUUUUGUUUUAAGUACUAAACUUUAUCACAUUAUAUCCUAUUCAUGAGCGAUUUUGCUGAAGUGGAUUUGUGUCGAUGUCAUUAUUUUCACGUAACUUGAAGGGCACAUUUUUGGUCACAUAAGGUUUGGAAUAAGUAAAGUGUAAAAAAGUUACCAAUAUUGUUUGUUUAUAUUUUCCUAUUAAUUAAAUUGUACAGUAAAAUGUACAGUGGGUUCUCUAAACUAUGCUCAUUUAAGUGUGCAACUGUGCGCAACUAGUUAUAGCCAGUGCAUAUAGAAUGGUUCGAACUCAAGCGGUAUUCAGGGAAACUGCAAAAAUUGUUUUAGAAUUAAAAAUUACUAUCAAACCAGCAGAUUGCACCCAAUAUAUUUUCAAAAAUACUCAAGCAUUUGUGCCUUAAUUUGUGUAACUGUAUUAUUUCGAAAUUUUAAUUAUUCUUUUGCUCGUAUUAGGUGUUUUACAAAUAAUUCUGGAGUUGGAACAAGCUGAAAUCAUCUCCAUUGGAUAUUAAAAAAAAAAUUAACCCAUUUUAAAAAAAUACGAAAAAUAGCCUAAGCGAAUCGAUGUAAGCGUUAGUUUUGGUUAAUUGAAAACUUUUGUGCAUUUUGUACGUGCCGGGUGGCCAAGAGAAAACGCUGGAAAUUAUUUUUAAAUUUAUAAAACGCCCGCCAGGGUGCGUAUUCGCAUUCUUGAAUUUUAAAUCUCGUUUUUUGAGAAAUACUCUUAAAUAACAUAUAUUGUAAAAACCGCAUUUCCUAACCUUUUUUUGUUUUGGCCGCGUUAUUUAUACGUUUUUUCACCAGAAGUCUAUGACAAUUAACUUCCGAGAUAGGACCCAGGGUCCUUAAUUGGCCGCCCGGUAAAUAAGUAAAUAGGAUACACGGUUUCUACCGCGAUUUAGGCCGUGUUUUAAGCAAAUUUAGCGAACACUGUUAAAUUUCAAUUAAUUGUGGGCAUAUGCCAACAUGACCGAAAUUAAGGCAAAACGCGUGAAGCCUAUCUACUUACAUAUUUAGUUUUUUGCCCACGUUAAGCAAUCGCAUUAAGUCCCAAAUUUGUUUUAACAAAUAUUUAAACGCCAGUAUUGACAUAGCCUGGGCAUAUUUUUAUUUAAAUGGAAACUAAAAAAAGGCAUACUAUGUUCAGAUGAAUAGCGAAUAUUCCAUUCUUGAUAGACUUCUUGCGGGUCGCAGCAAAUUACUUAGCAGAUAAUCGCCGCCACUUCAAUUUUGGUUGAAUUUUUCUCGUGCGCCGUGUAAAAAUUAAAUCGUUGUAAAAUAUUUAUUAUUUUAUCGAGUUGUUUUUGUUCGCCGUUUGUUAUAUUGUGUGUAUAUUUUCGGGAUCGAACAUUUCUGGUGUAAUUUUCUAGUGCAAAUAUGCUGUUUGUCGUGUCACAGCGAAAUCGUGUAUACAUUGCCGCAAAGUCGCCUAGUCUGAAUUGGAGAGCAAUGAUCGGUGCGUUAAUUCACGACCACGAUGCCCUUUAGUUUUGUAAAUACCGUACUUUUGUUUUAAAUAAAUGUUCGUGACUGUAUAUUCAAUCUAGCUUUACCCUUGUCGUGCCUUUCGAGUCCUUCGAGAACAGUUUUCGCUUGGAUGCGCGAAUUUUGGUAAAAGACAAGGAAACGCAUUUGCUGGUCGGGUGCCAUGAAUUUUUAGCCUACGUAAAUGCUGCAUCAGUUUUGACAUGAAUUCAAAUGAUAUUUAACAUAGCGAUUGGUUAGAUAGGCUAGAGGAUAUUUACACGAAAUUUAAUACAAGCAGACUGUAGAGAAAAACAUCUAAUUAUGCGAAUAAAGCAGAUCUCUUAUUGAUACUUUCUUACUUGGUUUGUGGUUAGGUAAAAAUGAUAGUGCGGUCUCAAUAAAAGUU